AUGUGGAGAGGGCCAAAUGUGAACUGUGUUGACAGCACCGGCUACACACCCCUGCACCAUGCUGCGCUGAAUGGUCAUAAGGACGUGGUCGAGGUCCUCCUGAGGAAUGAUGCACUUACCAAUGUGGCUGACUCAAAAGGCUGUUACCCUCUGCAUUUGGCAGCCUGGAAAGGAGAUGCCCAGAUAGUGCGGUUGCUCAUCCAUCAAGGGCCCUCACAUACCAGAGUCAAUGAACAGAAUGCUCUUGAGAUCAAAGAACUCAAAAAGUACGGCCCCUUUGACCCUUAUAUCAAUGCCAAGAACAAUGACAACGAGACAGCCCUACAUUGUGCCGCCCAGUAUGGCCACACUGAGGUGGUGAAGGUGCUCUUAGAGGAGCUCACUGACCCCACCAUGCGCAACAACAAGUUUGAGACACCUUUGGACCUGGCAGCACUCUACGGGAGGCUAGAGGUGGUGAAGAUGCUUCUCAACGCGCACCCCAAUCUCCUGAGCUGCAACACAAAGAAGCACACCCCUCUGCACCUGGCAGCAAGGAACGGUCACAAGGCUGUGGUCCAGGUCCUCCUGGAUGCUGGCAUGGAUAGCAACUACCAGACGGAGAUGGGCAGUGCUUUGCAUGCGGCUGCUUUGUUUGGCAAGACCGAUGUGGUGCAAAUCCUGCUGGCUGCAGGAAUUGAUGUCAACAUAAAAGACAACCAUGGACGGACUGCCCUUGACACUGUGCAGGAACUGCCCUCUCAAAAGAGCCAGCAGAUAGCAGCACUUAUUAAAGAUCACAUGACUGGAAAAAGAAGUACGAAAGAAAUAGAUAAAGCCUCCACACUCCAGCCGUCUCUCCUCCCUAGUAUUGACUCCGCUGCACAGAAGUCUCAGGGUGAUGUGGAGAAGGCAGUGACUGAGCUGAUCAUUGAUUUUGACACAAAUGCUGAAGAAGAGGGUCCCUAUGAGACCCUGUACAAUGCUGUCUCCUGCCAUUCCUUAGACAGCACAGCCAGCGGGCGAUCAUCUGACCGAGACUCCGUGAAUAAGGAGGCUGAGGCUGCAGGAGCCAGGACUGCUGGGAUGAGGCCUAGGGAACGUCCACCGCCUCCAGCCAAGCCACCACCUGACGAAGAAGAGGAAGACCACCUCAAUAAGAAGUAUUUCCCCUCAACAGCUUCUGAGGUCCUGGCCAUGAGACCCAGAAUUCAGGGGAGUGCGGCCAGGGAAGAAGAUGAACACCCUUAUGAGCUGCUUUUAACAGCGGAGACGAAGAAACCAGCAUCAGUGGAUGAAAAAAUGAAAGACCACAGGCGGAGCAGCAGUAGCCGGAGCCAGGACUCUGCAGAGGGGCAGGACGGGCAGGUCCCAGAGCAGUUCUCAGGUCUCCUCCACGGCUCCUCCCCAGUAUGUGAGGUGGGGCAGGACCCUUUCCAGCUGCUUUCUGCCACCGGCCAAAACUAUCCAGACGAGUCCCCCCAGCAGGGCGCCUGCCACGAGGCCAGCAUGCAACUAGAGGAGACCAGUUUGCACACUCUUGGAGACCCCCAGCCCUGCAUCCUGGACCAGAGCAACCGAGUAGGUUACCCAGCAGGCCUGCCCUCCUCUACCAACAGCCGAGCGCACCCUGAGACUUUGACUCUCAUAGCACCUCUGCACCCUGGUGGUGCUGAAGAAGAAGGAGACCGGAGCGGGGCCAGAAGCCGAGCCCCUCCCACUAGCAAAGCCAAAGCUGAGCUCAAACUCAGCCGCAGUUUGUCCAAGUCUGACUCUGAUCUCCUGACCUGCUCACCUACCGAGGACGCUACAAUGGGGAGCCGGAGUGAGUCUUUGUCCAACUGUAGCAUUGGGAAGAAGAGGCUGGAGAAGUCACCAUCCUUUGCCUCGGAGUGGGAUGAGAUUGAGAAGAUCAUGAGUUCCAUCGGAGAAGGGAUUGACUUUUCUCAGGAACAGCAGAAGAUCUCAGGUUCUCGGACGCUGGAGCAGAGCGUCGGGGAGUGGCUGGAGUCGAUCGGGCUGCAGCAGUAUGAGAGCAAGCUGCUUCUGAAUGGCUUUGAUGAUGUCCGCUUUCUGGGGUCUAAUGUGAUGGAAGAGCAGGACCUGAGGGAGAUUGGCAUCAGUGAUGCACAGCACCGACGGAAGUUGCUGCAGGCUGCCCGCUCCCUGCCCAAGGUGAAGGCCCUAGGCUAUGAUGGAAACAGUCCCCCAUCAGUGACCUCCUGGCUGGACUCCCUGGGGCUGCAGGACUACAUCCACUCAUUCCUGGCCAGUGGCUACAGCUCCAUUGACACUGUGAAGAACCUCUGGGAGCUGGAGCUUGUCAAUGUCCUGAAGGUCCACCUGCUGGGCCACCGCAAGCGCAUCAUCGCCUCCCUGGCUGAGAGACCCUACGAGGAGCCGCCCCAGAAGCCUCCGAGAUUCUCCCAGCUGAGAUGCCAAGAUUUAAUCUCCCAGACAUCCUCCCCACUGAGCCAGAAUGAUUCCUGCGCCGGGCGGUCAGCAGACCUGCUGCUGCCUCCAGGGGACACAGGCUGGAGGCGGCAUGACAGUCUACAUGACCCCACAGCAUCCUCUCGAGAACGCUGCCGAGUCCAGGAGGAGCCCCGGGAGGCCAAGCUGACCCUGCGACCCCCCAGCCUGGCUGCCCCAUACGCCCCUGUGCAGAGCUGGCAACACCAACCAGAGAAACUCAUCUUUGAGUCCUGUGGUUAUGAGGCCAAUUACCUAGGCUCCAUGCUGAUCAAAGAUCUGCGAGGGACAGAGUCCACACAAGACGCCUGUGCCAAAAUGCGGAAAUCCACUGAGCACAUGAAGAAGAUUCCCACUAUCAUCCUGUCCAUCACAUACAAAGGUGUCAAGUUCAUCGAUGCUUCCAACAAGAAUGUCAUCGCAGAGCACGAGAUCCGGAACAUUUCUUGUGCAGCCCAGGACCCAGAGGAUCUGUGCACCUUUGCCUAUAUUACCAAGGACCUGCAGACCAGCCACCACUACUGCCAUGUUUUCAGCACAGUGGAUGUGAACCUGACCUACGAGAUCAUCCUGACACUGGGGCAGGCAUUCGAGGUGGCCUAUCAGCUGGCGCUGCAGGCCCAGAAGUCCAGGACCUUGGGGGCCUCUGCAGCUGAGAUGAUUGAAACAAAAUCUUCCAAACCGGUGCCUAAGCCUCGGGUCGGCGUGAGGAAGUCUGCACUGGAACCACCUGAUACAGACCAAGAGGCCCCAUCUCAUGCCAGUGUCUCCUGGAUUGUGGAGCCAAAGCCAGACUCUAAGCGGAGCCUCAGCACCAACUGAGCCACUGAGGAACCGCACUGUGCUGCAGAAACACAGACGUGGGGCGCACAGGCUCCGUCCCCACCACCACCACCUCGCCUGCAGCUCUGAAGACCCAGGCCCAGCCCCUGCCUAUAGGAGCUGCUCUCGGCUGCUUGGCCUGGGCCUGCACCACCAGGUCUUUCAGAGUGAGUCCUGCCCCGGCUGCGGAGACGAUUCCAGGCCUCUAGCCCAUGACACUCCAGAGGGCCAAGAAGUGAUUUGCUCAGAAUACAAAUGUUUUUAAUAGAAAACCUUUUUAUAAAAUGAAAUUUUAAUACUUGGCUCAACCUCUAGGUAAAACUGCCAAUUUGAGACAAACGGCCAGGGGUUCAGAGGACAGAGGAACUGAGAGCAGCCAAAAAGGCUGUCUGUGCAGCCCUCUCUCCUUGAUCUUGGCACAGCAGGGCUGUAGGGGUGAGCAGUAUGAGUUGAAGGAGCAGGCUCAGGGCAGAGUUGAGUUCUUAGUCUGUUCACACCUAACUUUUCAUCCCUGUUUAGAGCUGGGUAAAAACACAGCCUUACAGGCUUCUGGGCCAAAGCAAAGGUUCCCAUUAUCUUUCUUGGGGCCCACAUGAGAAGGUCCAGUGGCCAAAUAGAAAUGAGCUUGUAGUUUCUGGUGCCUGGAAGUCAGGGUGGCGCGAGGAGGUUCCCUGCGGCUCACUGCCGAUGGCCAGCGACUGCCCCCCUGGCUGGCUGCCCCCUGCUCUCGGGCAUCCUGGGCAGCCAAGCUCGAAAAAGAGACGCAGCAGUUUUCAUUUUGGGCAUUCCGGGUAGGUCAGUGAAGAUUGCUGCUUAUCAAUUUAUGGCUCAUCUGAGGAGGUAGGUGGACAGGGCUCAUUGGGAUUCUCCAGAUUACUGGUUUGAUUCUCCACAGCUGGACAUACCUCUGGUGCAGGUGUGGGAAAGGCUAGAUCACGUGACAGUCUAUUUGGUUCCCCUCCCCUGCUUUUGUUGCCUUGGGAGUGACUGGCUGUUGUCCUGACCCAGCCCUGCUGCUCAGAUCUUUCUGUUAGCUUGCUUUGCUUUUCAUAGUGACUUGGGUGAUGGUCUUCCUUCUGGAAUUGAGUAGAAGUAUGAGUGCCUGCUUCCAAUAGGGCAGAGAGGCAAAGCCAAGGCAGCCACUGUCCGGGCCCUUCCAGAGUGAGGAGCAAUGAGGAGGAGCACUGCCCAUCCCUGCCUCCACCUCAGGUACCUUAUAGGCCUCAGUUCAUCCCAUUCCUGGCAUGGGUACCCGUGCUUCCCAGCAAAGGCUGCAGAUCAUGACUCUGCUGUGCACCUGCGUAGGGAAGCACACCAGACACCCCCCACCGUGGAGGGGCAGAAGUGGAAAGCAGGAACUGUGGGUCUCCUGUUUGCUCUGCACCCAGCACAGCCAGUGCUGGAGUGCACCCCUC